AUGGCGGCAUUUGUGGUGCUAUCCGAAGCCUCCAUGCUGGCUUUCGCCGAUAUGUCCAUCCAUGUGAUGUUCGUGUUCCUGCUGGACUUGCCAAUUGUGGUCUUCUUUUGGGUAUUCUUUUUUGGGCAGCACCUCACCUUUGGAGUCUGGGGUCCCAACAUGUGGUUAGACAGGCUCUGCGUGGACCAAACCAACGCCAAAACGAAGGCGGAAGGGAUCGCAGGCUUGCCCACGAUUGUGGUGAACUCUUCAGAACUGCUCGUCUUGUGGGACAAAUCAUACUACCAACGGCUCUGGUGCAACUUUGAGCUGUCGAUUUUCUUCAAAGGAAACGGUCUCAAGAAUCUGCGGCUUAUGCCGUUGUGGCUCACUCCGUGGCUGCUGACGACAAUGUUGCUCUCCUACUUUUCAGCUCGUCUCGUCGCCGUCUUCACCGAGUCUGAUCCCCGGCAUCAAUGA